GCUGUUAUUCAAGUCCAAAUUGAUUGGACCCCUUUGGGCGGACAUGGCCAGAGGGUACCCAGAGCUACUCACUAAGGCGUUAUGUGUUAAUAUAGCCGUGUGAGACAUGCAGUAGGACUGUAUGACAGCUCCGGUUGUUUUGUAAUUGUGGACUGUGAUCCUGCGGGACCAGGCCGCGGCGUCCCUAUCCCCAAACAUAGCUAAGCUCCGAGUUGGUUGGUGAAGAGGGGAGGGUGGUGAGAAAAGCAAGUUGUAUGGAGUAAGGUGGUCAGGUUGCCCGAUAGUUGGCAGGAGAAUGGCAUUAUCAUUCAGUCUUAAUGCUCCAUAGUGCUUUCUUCGUGCGUUAUUAUCCCGGUAUUUUUUUUUCUCCAUCUUUCGGCUGAAUCUAACAAAUGGGUUUGAGUAUAGCCAAAUUAUUUGGCUACUGACAGUUUUCCUCUUAGUGCUAGGUAGGCGUUACGAUGUAAGCGAGCGGGUAUAGUUGCGGUUUGUGUUUUUCUUAUCUUAUUUUUUUCUGUUUUUUUUAUUUUAAUUUAGACAGCUGCGUAGCUCAGAAGAACUUUUUAUGCAGAGUAAAUUGAUCUUCGUUUAAGUUUUAAAGGCUUCCUUUGGAAGUUCGAGUCCAGUUGGUUCUAUAUCAUCUGAAGACCAUGAUUUUGAUCCUGCGGCAGAAAUGUUAGUACAUGAUUAUGAUGAUGAAAGAACUGUAGAAGAGGAAGAACUGAUGGAAGGUGGAAAAAAGUUUUCUGAUGAAAUAGAAGGUCUAGAAAAGGUCCCUUUACACUUCGUGAAGAGAGAGGAUAGACGGCGAAGUCUAGCUUUUCAUUUCCCUUCAGAUCACCUUCAGAGGAUACUUUCCACUGAAAAAGACCAGAAUUUACUGAAGCGAAGGCAGCAGAAGCAUUUAAAUCAGGAAGGUAACAUGCCUUUGGAAGACUUGCUGGCUUUUUAUGGGUAUGAAACAUCUAUUCCAGUUAUGGCCUGUUCAAGUGCUGAUAGCUCUGCUAGUGAACUUGCUGAUGAACUGCCAGAUAUGACAUUGGACAAGGAAGAGAUAGCAAAAGAUCUUCUGUCUGGUGAUGAUGAAACGCAGUCCUCUGCUGAUGACCUGACUCCAUCAGUUACUUCGCAUGAAACUACAGAUUUCUUCCCGCGCCACCUGAGGUCGCACACUACAUAUGAUGGAGAUAAGGAGUCAGAGGGUGAAGACGAGGAGAAUGACUGUGGAAAUCCAUCUGAAGAUCUUAAAAAGGAAAUUAUGGUCGGUUUCCAGUAUCAGGCAGAAAUUCCUCCUUUGUAUCACAGGCUCAGUGAAUACUACCUAGGUUAUGACAAUGAAGACCAGUUAAUGUGGAGUCCUGAUACACUUCCAGAAUGUAAAGUUAAGGAAUUUCUUCACAAGGCUGCAGUAAGAACAGGAUCAGCGAAAGGGGAUGGCGGGUUGUCCCAGGGAGCACAUGUGAGAGACAACGAAAAAGCACUCUAUGAACUUAUGAAGGCUAAUUAUAACUGCAAAGAAGCACUUGAAAGGUAUUGCCAGAGUGAGAGAGUUCACAAAGGUGAAAUAAGUACUUGGACAGAAGAAGAAUGUCGUAACUUUGAGCAUGCCCUUUUAAUAUAUGGAAAAGAUUUUCAUCUUGUACAAAAAAAUAAGGUAAAAACACGGACCGUUGCAGAAUGCGUUUCAUUUUACUACAUGUGGAAGAAGUCUGAACGAUAUGACUUCUUUGCUCAGCAGACACGUUUUGGAAAGAAGAAGUACAACCAUCAUCCUGAUGUUACGGAUUACAUGGAUCGGCUAGUAGAUGAAGCUGAAGCAUUGGGUGGAGCAGUGAAUUCUCUUUCUGUGUGUUCUAAUACAAGUAGAACUGACCCCAUUCCUGAAUCACAACUUACACUUCUGAACUCCAUCACAGCAAAUGAGCUGACAGCAUUGACCCACAGUGUUGCUACAGUCUGCAAUUCCUCAAAUGUGAACUGCAUGGAUGCAUACAGCUAUACUCCAUUGGACAGCUUACCAAGGGCACCAGUUAAUCAUGUGCCUGUUGCAACAGAAGAAUCCAUUAAUUUGACUGCAAAUGGGGAGAGUGAGUGCUUUAAUUUAUUGGACACUGGAUUCUACCACUCGGACCUAACUUCAGUGGCUGUAUGUACUGAGGACUCAGACAGGCCUACAAAGAAAUUAAAAAUGGGGCUUGCAGUUCCAGAAGCAUUUAUUAAUGAUGUCUCUGUAAAUGCACUUGGUGUAGACUUUGAGAAUCACACUCAUCAUAUCACUAGUGCCAAGAUGGCUGUUUCAGUGGCUGACUUUAGCAGCUUGUCUGCAAAUGACGGGAAGGGAUUCAUGAACUCUCAUACACUGCAUCAGCACACAGCUCUCCACUCAGAAUGAUGUCUAGUAGUAGUGUCUAGAACAGUGGGUGUACAGCAGUGGAAACCUGAUGGAAGAGUUUGCCUAGUCUUUCACUGGAAGUUCCGACUAUUUUUUUAAAACUAUGACAUCAGUGAUGUCUUUUACUCUUAAAACUUUCUUGAUUUCUCAAGAACAAUUUAAUCGUUUAUUUUCAAUCCCUAAAUGUGGAAAUAUCAAAAAAUACAUUCACGCAGUAGAGCUUAAGACUAAAAUAUUGAACUUCAUGGUGCAGCUUUAAGCUCUGCUUCUAUUUUUUUAAACAUGUAGGCGUUCGAGGGGCCUAACGUCAAAACCAACAGAGAAGCAGUGGACAACUUGGAAUGGCUUCCAAUGGGUUGAGCUACCUUUGUCAUAGUGGGUACGGUGGAAUGUCAGUGUUUACAGGUACCAGACCUUGUCCCUGGCUAAUGUAGCAUUUUAUUGAGGUAACAGGGCUGGGUUUUUCAAGCCUCUCAAGAGC